AUGUCGCUGGAGGAUCAGUUCAUGUUAAGCCCUGAGGACAGCACAGUUCUGCUUCUGAAUGUUUCAAAAAUAUUUGGCGACUCAGGAAGAGAGCAGCACCGUUACAGCAUCUGGCUCCCUGGUAUCGGUAUCGCUGCCAUCUACGGGAUUAUCAUCAUCGUGGGGCUGGUUGGAAAUGUCACUUUAAUGAAGACGUGUCUGCUGGUGAGGUCCAUGCGGACGGUACCCAACUUGUUCCUGUCCAGCUUGGCUUUGGGGGACCUGCUGCUGCUGGUGACCUGCGCCCCGGUGGACGCCAGCCGAUAUUUGGUGGACGAGUGGCUCUUCGGCCGAGUUGGAUGCAAACUGAUCCCGUUCAUCCAACUGACCUCGGUGGGAGUCUCCGUGUUCACUCUCACUGCUCUCUCCGCUGACCGGUACAAGGCCAUCGUCAAACCACUGGACAUCAACAAGUCCAGUGCUGCUCUCAGCAUCAGUUUACGGGCGGGGAUGAUCUGGCUGCUCUCGGUGACUCUGGCUGUACCAGAAGCCGUCUUCUCAGACCUGCACACCUUCACCACCAGCCACACCAACGAGACGUUUGUGACCUGUGCUCCUUACCCGCACGCGGGGGGGCUGCACCCCAAGAUCCACUCUACCGCUUCAUUCCUCAUCUUCUACAUCAUUCCCCUCUUCAUUAUAUCUGUCUACUACUGCUUCAUCGCUCGCAGUCUGGUCAGGAGCUCUGCAGACAUCCCUGCUGAAGGACACCUGCACCUCCAGAAACAGAUCAGGUCCAGGAAGCGUCUGGCCAAAACUGUGCUGGUGUUUGUCGGCUUGUUUGCACUCUGCUGGCUCCCCAGUCAUGUGAUCUACCUGUACCGCUCCUACCACUACGACCAGGUGGACACGUCGCUGGGCCACUUCAUCGCCAGCGUGUGCGCUCGCAUCUUGGCCUUCACCAACUCUUGCGUGAACCCGUUUGCUCUGUACCUGAUGAGCAAAAGCUUCAGCAAACACUUCAAAAAGCAGCUGCUGUGCUGCACCUCUCCCAGUGAGCUGCACAGCCAGAGCAGCAGGAGUACAAACGUAACGACCGUCUGA